AACUAUUUUAUAUGAGGUUAUGUUAUACAUCAAUAUCUCAUGCAUGAACUUAAGGGAAGAGUGUGCUAUCAUUUUAGCAACAAAACAUAAAUGAAAUUAGCUGUUUUCGUUGUCAUUUUGGGCAUUGAAUAUUAGUCUCAAGUCGACUGCAAGUCGACUGCAGCAGUAAAUCUUGCUACUUUUUUAGACAUGAAAGCAUCAUUAUGUAGAGAUUAGACGGAAGAAAAGGUGAUACAAACUAAACCUAUAAUGUUAAAAACACGUGCAAUCAUUCACUAAGCAAAUGCUUAUUAGAGACAUUACAGACAUGGUCAAAACAACCUACUGAAGCAUCAGAAUGGGGGAUAAAGGUGAUUUAAAAGUCUCUAAAUGUGGCAUUGUUGCUGGUCUGGUCUGAGUAUUUCAGAAAUUGCUGACUUACUGGGAUUUUCUUGCAUAACUGUCUUUAAGGUUUAUGUAGAAUGGUCCACAAAAGAGAAACUAUUCAGUGAACGGCAGAUCUCAGCGUGAAAAUGCCUUGUUCACGCCAGAGGUCAAAGGAGAAAGGAGUAACUGCUUCAAGCUGCUGGGAGCACUCGUUAUGACCAAGAUAUGCAGAAGAGCAUGGAUAACACACGAUACCACACCUUUCUUGAACAUAACAAUGAGUUUAUUGUACUCAAAUGGUCUCCUCAGUCUCUCCACAGAUAAUUAUAUUCUUAACAUAAAUUUUUUUUAAAUUGUUUUAUCUAUCACGUUUAAGUAGUUCUCAUGUCGUAGUCCUUUCUGCUACCUACAGAUUGUACCAUUGCAUUUGAGCUGUUAAUCCAUCUGCCAUAACUGGAAAGCAAGUGACUUGACUUGAGAGGUUGACUGAGAGCCGGUGCCAAUGAGCCACCUGUUCCUGACAGUCAGAGGCUGAGUGAGGUGGAACUGCUGCUGAAAGAGAGUCAAGGCGAAGGCAGCAGAGUGCAGCUUGGUUACAUUUUGGUAAAGAACACAGCAGACCGUCUGCUAUUGUAAACUUUGCAAUGACAGACAGAAAGUCCUCCUCAGGUGCUGCCACAGGUGUGAUAUGUGAUAUACAAGAUUUGGAGCCAAAACAGGAGAAGUGUGUGGCAGGGGGAUCAGAGAGAAAGUGGGAGAUCCCAUCUCUCCAGGAUCUGGAGGAGGUUUUACACUCAGCUCCAAGCUCCUGUCGACAUGGAGACGAGGUGUGGCCGAAUCUGUUUCUGGGAGACAUGUUUAUGUCUCAUGACAAGUUUGGGCUCUACCAGCUAGGGAUCACUCAUGUGCUGAAUGCCUCACAUGGUAAACUCUGCUGUAAAGGUAGUGAUGAUUUCUAUGGAACCACAGUGAAAUAUUAUGGAGUCCCUGCCAACGACCUCCCCACAUUUGACCUCUCGCCGUAUUUCUACCCUGCGGCUGAGUUCAUUCACCAGGCUUUGACAUCAGGAGGGAGAGUGUUUGUGCACUGUGCUGUGGGUGUGAGUCGUUCAGCUGCAUUGGUCCUAGCCUACCUGAUGAUUCAUCAUCACCUCAGUCUGUUGUCCUCUAUACGUUGUGUGCAGCAGAAGCGCUGGAUUUUUCCCAACAGAGGCUUCCUGCGACAGCUCAUAGGCCUGGACCAAAAACUGCAGGAUGAUGGUUUAAAUGAUGGUAUCAGAGCGAGCUCCUGAAUUCUCCCCCUGGGGUUUUUUAGCAUCAGUGAACAGACCAAUCAAUGCUACAGCGUUACAACAUUAAAUAACUACAUCCAGACAGUCCGAGAGAACACACUGAACACAGAGAGCUAAU